AUAUGAAUCACAUUUUGUUAAUUAAUUUUGUUUCCCAUUUUUGUGGUAACACCACUUAAUUAUGUAAUCACUUAUUUUUUCUCUAUUUUCUGACACUCAAAUGAGUUUUCGCCUCCAACUCCAAUCUAUCAUCAUCACCACCAAAUUUCUCCCACGUCACUUUUCCCGUUACACUUCUUCAACAUCAACAAAAACAAGGGUUUCAUUUUCUACAUUUUGUUGUGGGAGGAAAUAUUUGGAAAUGGAAGAUGUUAAAUUGGAUUCAGAAUUGACGACGGUGGGCGAUCCCAUUUUGCUUCACAACAAAAUUGCUGCAAUUCGUUUGGCUGGUCCCAAAAAGCUUCAGGUGAUUGCUGAUUUUGAUGCCACAUUAACGAAGUUUUGGGUUAAUGGAACUCGUGGCCAAAGCAGCCAUGGCCUUUUGCAGCAGGACAAUCCAGAGUAUGAUGCCAAAAGGCAGGAGUUAUAUGAUCAUUACCAUCCAUUAGAAUUUUCUCCUACUCUUGAACUUGAAGAGAAAAGAAAACUCAUGGAAGAGUGGUGGGGAAAAACGCAUGCUCUUCUUAUUGAGGGAGGACUAUCAUAUGAUGCAAUAAAACAAUCAGUUGCUAAUGCUAACAUAGCUUUUAGGGAAGGUGUUGCCGAACUUUUUGAGUUUUUGGAGGAAAGAGACAUUCCUGUAUUAAUAUUCUCGGCAGGGCUUGCUGAUAUCAUUGAAGAGGUUCUAAGACAGAAGCUUCACAGAUCCUUCAAAAAUGUGAAGAUAGUAUCCAACAGGAUGGUAUUUAAUGAUGAUGGCCAACUUGUAUCUUUUAAAGGAAAAUUGAUUCACAGCUUAAAUAAAAAUGAGCAUGCUCUUGAUAUGGCUGCACCUAUUCACGAACAAUUUGGUGAUACUGAUGUUCCAACUAAUGACAAUGACUUACUUAAGAAGAGAACCAAUGUUCUCCUUCUUGGUGAUCACACCGGAGACUUGGGAAUGUCUGAUGGUUUGAAUUAUGAUACUCGAAUUUCUGUCGGAUUUUUGAACCACAACGUUGAGGACUCGCUUAGCUGCUACCGAGAAGCAUUUGAUGUUGUUUUAGUGAAUGACGCGCCCAUGUGGGAAGUUAUCAAACUGGUCUCUCAUAUGUGUUCGAGUGAGACAUAAUCAUUUGGAGCAAUCAUAUACUCUUAGCAGUAUCAACCUUUUUGUCUUACACAUCCCAAGGUUCCUAUUCAUUUCUCCUUAUGAAGAAUGCUAACAAGUAACAAAUAAUUCAUUUAAUGUUAUACUAGGACAUAGUUUAUCUACUUCUAUGUAUGUUUACAAUGAAGCUAUAAUAAUAUCUGUACUGCACA